AUUCAUUGUCAUGACAAAGUGUUGUUUUCUUCGCGCAACUAGAAAUCGUUCAAAUUGACGGCCUAUAAAUCAAUACUUGUUAUGAUAGUUCACCGUGCUAUUUUUAGCAGCUGUAUCGAAAACAGAUGAAGAUGCAAGUGAUGAAAAUUAGAAGGGCAGAUACUUCAUUUAUUUAGCAGGCACAAGCGUGCAUGUAAUAAUAAACUCAUACAAAAAGGGCCAGAUCAUCACAAUGAUAAGAGGCAAUAAAUCCAGCACGCCUUCAAUAAUAGGAACAGUUACAGUCUUCCUUAUCCUUUUAUUUAUAUACCUAAAUUAUACAUCAUCCAGUGAAGCUCAGCUUAGUAUGAAAUCACUAACGCCAUUAUAUCCAUACACCAGACGGAAACUGAUUAAACACAUAGAUUUUAAACCAGAGACAUUCAAACAAACAGUUGAUCCAAACUUUGAUUUUAGACAAACAACACAAGAACUGAUUCAUCAACAGUCUUCCAUGUAUGAUAAAGAAAUGAUAUCUAUUAUUAGAAAUUACAUCAUUCAUCAGCCAACUCUGGAAGGGUAUAGACUAGAUAAUAAAGAUUUGUUUGAUGUUUCUGGUGGUCAGUCGGCUGCAGUGGACAAUAUCUUAAGAUUUAAGGAGGAUGGAUUUUAUGUUGAAUGUUGUACUACAGAUGGUGAAAAAGAUUCAACAUCAUUAUUUUUUGAACGAGUGCGGAAGUGGAAUGGAUUAGUUAUUACACCAGAACCAGAAAAGUUCACAGCUCUUCAAAUGAAACACAGAAAAGCUGCCAUCAUGAACAGUUGUUUAAGUGAUUCUGAACAUCCAGUUAAGAAAAUGGUCACUGUGAAAGACAAACAGACAGAAAUCCAUUGUUUCCCAUUGUAUUCCAUAAUGGCAGCACUUGAGAAGAGGUCAAUUGAUUUAUUGGCCUUAGAUGUUGGUGGAAUAGAUGAGUUAUCUAUAGUAAAAGCCAUUCCAUUCAACAAAAUAAACAUUGACGUACUGACAGUGAGAUUCCAAGGAGAAAUCCGACAUUAUAAAUCUGAAAUCCAACUGUAUUUGGAGAGUAUUGGCUAUGAUACUGUUUUAAAGUUAGUGAAAGAGGACGAUGAUUCAGUGCAUCAUUUGAUACUAAAAAGGAGAGGGUCCUGGAUUACAUCAAUUGUUUUUUGUGUUAUUUUGACGUCUGUUGUUAGUCUAUUUAUAUAUUUAUAUUGUAAGAAGAGGAAAUCAACAAUCUCAUUAGGAUCUUAAUAUUUUUGUUUAAAUAUAAAUGUAUGUGCCAGCAUUUAAAGAAUUGAAAUUGGAUUUAAAGCAUUUAAAAGUCAUUUAAUCAUGUUAAUUUGAACCUCAUACAAACAUGCAGCAAUACUAUAAAUUGUAUGGUUGUCUUCAACAAGAUUAUAAAAAUUAAAUUUAGUAUAUGCAAUUGAAUUUUUAAUUCAUAAGAAUUAUUGACAGGAAGUUCCUGAAAAGUCAUGGUUUCAAAUGCCUUCCACUGUUGAUUGCAAGUUUCUUAUAAGUCUGAAAAAAAAGUUUACAAUUUCUUGAUUGUAUUUCGUCUGUAAGUUAACUAUACAAUUCAAAUGAUACAGUUUUACACUUAGAGUUAUUCCUCUUUAUGUACAAAAUAUAUUGGUAGUAUUUUAAAUGUACAUCACAUCAUAAUAGAAACAUACAUACAACAUUCAUUUCAUUUUGUCUGUGUAAUGGUGUAUUCCAUUCAAACGAUUCUGUUUAUGUGAUGACUUUUACUGUUUUCUAUCUUUUAUAUGUACAUGUUGCAGUAAUAUUGUAUAUGGGAUUAUUAUUACUCUAAACAAAUUAUUGUAUCCUUAACUCAUGACAGCAACAUACUUUCAUAGGAUUUUGAAUACCAAUUGUCAUUGUAGGUUUCAUUCUAUCUUCCAAAUGAUGGAUAUAUUUUAAAACAAAUAUUUAAUGAAAAGACUGACAGACAUUGAUUUUUUGCUUUCAUUUGUAUUUCACAUUAGUAGAACUGUUGACAUUUUGUUGAUGUUUUGUGAAAGGCAAAAGUAGAUUAUUGUUAGGACCAUUUCAUUCAAUGAUAAAUAUCAGUUUAUGUUCAAGCUGAUAUAUAUAUUCUCAUCAAACAGUAGGGUUAUACCACUUUGUGUUCACAUAAUUUUAAUGCUACAUAAACUACAAUGUUAAUUGUUUCCAGUAUUACUUCAAUACUUGUUUUACUAUUAAUGAUGUUUUCUAUUAUUAAUGUUGUAUCUGUAUGAUAUUAUGAAUUAGUUGAAUUAGUAAUUUACUUGUAUGUGCAUUCAAUAUUAUGUUUUUAUUAAUUUAUUAUACCCUACUCAA